AUGGCUCCCGGCCCAAUAGAUAUCAGACCGUCGGCGCACUCCGCGGUUCCGAUUGCUGCAAACCGUCCCAACUCUGGCGGGAUCACCUCUAAUCUUACCUCUGCCCUGCGAGCAGCCGGAGAAGCGGGUAGACAGUCCAAUUUCAGUCCUAGCCAGCCCUCAAAUUUCACAUCGGCAGGGCCCCAGUUUGAGCGGGGCUCGAUUAGCCAAGGCAUAAAUAUCGGAGGUAUCGCCUCGGCAGUAAACCACAGCGGUAAAUUCCAGCGACGAGAAUCCCAGACCGGACCAGGAGGCUCCCUCGUAAAUGGUGGCAUGAGCUGGGGAGGAGUAAGCGUCGGAAGCUGGAUUCGAGAUGAUAUCAUCAUGACUGGGACAUCACCAUUUUCUUAUCAAUCACCAUCCUAUCACUCGUCAUCCUAUCUUCCAAAGCUUGAGGCAAAUUUCUUCCGGGAUUUCUCAUGCUGUGGCAAGACGCUCCCCUCGCUACAUGAUCUCUUGCAACACUACGAGGAGGUCCACGCUUCUCAAACCGGGGGACAUGUGCAACUUCCAGAAAAUGUCCGGGAAUUCACCAGGAACAAUAGCACGGCAUCCGUAAACCUAGCGGGAAGCAUGUCCGCGGGCCUAAGCCGCCUAGUCCAGCAACAGCAACUGCACCACCAAAAGAUGGCUCAACAAUCGCAAGGGCAAAUCUCGAUUAGGAACGAUAGGCUAGGAAGCAUGAGUGCUGCUAGCGGGGGAGGCGUGGAUGUUGCCGAAGAAAUGGAGAUGGAUGACGACGACAUGACCCCGCCACCAAACAUGAACCAGAUGAUACCCCAGCAGGCCGGGCUCAGGUUAUCAACGCAAAUGCCGCCAAAUCUCAUGAACAAUCCUACAGUUUCUUCUGUUAACACCCCGAACAUGCCUAACCCGUCAACACCCGCCACUGAUCGAUAUAGAUCUCCGGAUUCAUCCGGCCCGGGUACACCUGGCCCAACCGAUAUCAAGAAUGAACUUGAAAAUCUAUCGAAUUUCGGUGCAAUGAACCUGAAUUACAUGGAAAACGAACUAGAUAUGACAAUCAACGACCCCGGAAAGCAUCUUUUCAACCCCAUGGGUAACAUGGCCCCCCGUGCACCGGGAUUCCCCCAAAUGAGUCUACAGCAGUUGAGGGCUGCGAGGGAAAAUGAACUCGCAAGGAGGAUGAACCUCGAGGGCUACAUGGGCAACAAUGUUCCUGGAGCGAGCAUACCUGGAAACGAGGCUCUUCUACAGAGCUUGUGGGCGAUGCAGGAAGACAAGCCUUACAAAUGCCCGGUUAUCGGAUGCGAGAAGGCAUACAAGAACCAAAACGGGCUGAAGUACCACAAGAAUCAUGGCCACGUUAACCAAACGCUUCACCAAAACCCGGAUGGUACAUACAGCAUCAUCAACCCGGAAACAUCAAUUCCCUAUCCCGGAACAAUGGGCAUGGAAAAAGAAAAACCCUACAAGUGCGAAUUUUGCGGCAAGAGAUAUAAGAAUCUCAACGGCCUGAAAUACCAUCGUGCACACUCGAAUCACCAGUUCGCAGCCGGCCUCAUGAUGGCCGGUAUGGGGGGUGGUGGUAUGACGCCACUUGACGAUGCCAUUGGCGAGGACUACUAA